AGGAGGAGCUUUGCGGUGGCCCGUGUAUGUGUGUUUGUGUGCAGAAAGCAGCAGCGGACCUGAGUGCACGCGUGGACCCUGGCGUCUAUGAUGAUAGUGCCAGAGGAGCUGUCAAAGGCUGGAGCCAGUCCCCAUUCAGAGAUGAAAACAUGAAGGAGGCGAAUAUGGCGGCCCCUGUGAGUAUCGGGGCUCUGCUCCGGUCAGAGAUUGUUGAGGAACCUGGGUACCGGGACGAGGGCCUCUGUGUUGUUGGUAUUUUCGGUAAAAGUAACGCCCAACCGUGGUCGCUAAAGGAGUCUUUGAUCAACACUCUGGCGGACAAACACAUGUUUUCGCUUUUUGGUGAACCGGAGGAAGGCGACGCCACGGCGAACAGUCACAUCCAGGUUUACUACAACCAGGAGAACCGGGUUCUAUAUCUGAUGCUCUCGUCCGUCAGCGAUUCCCGUCAGCUUCUGCGGGCAUGCCAGACACUAAGCGCCAGCACCGGUCACUCCGACUCGCAUGAUUUCUGGAAAGGCCUAGAGAGACAGCAUUGUCUGCACUUGCUCUACAUGUUCAGCGUGUGCCACGUCCUUCUGCUCGUCCAUCCCAACCAGACCUUCGACGUGACCUACGACCGGCUCUUCAGGGCCCUGGACGCCCUGAGACAGAAAGUGCUGCCGCUGAUCCGAGCUGCUAUCAAGGAUUGUCCGGUUUCCAAAGAAUGGAAGGUGAACUGCAGACCUUGUCCACCACGGCUGCUCUUCGUAUUCCAGAUGAACGGCAGUCUCAAGAUUUCUACAAAUGGCUCUGAUUCUGGAGGAAACCCAGACAAACCUAAAAAGCACUCUCCCAGAAGGAGGCUGCAGCACGCCUUGGAGGACCAAAUUUACCGCAUAUUCCGUAAAAGCAGAGUCCUGACCAAUCAGAGCAGUAACUGCUUGUUCACAGUACCAGCCAAUCAAGCAUUUGUGUAUGUGAUACCGACAACAGAUGAGGACCCUGUAGCCACUUUGCUCAGUCAGCUCAGGUCCAACUGCACCUUAUGUGAGCAGGACUCUACAACGCUGGUGUCAGGGCCAAGGCGUUACCAGCAGAUGAGGCGUUCUGCUCGACAACCCAGCUCUUCCAGGGACCCUGGUGUCAUGUCUAUGGGAGGUCAGCUGGUAGACUGCAGCCUGAAGGAGUUCCUCUGGCAGCAUGUGGAGUUGGUGCUGACCAAGAAAGGCUUUGAUGACAGUGUGGGGCGCAAUCCACAGCCUUCUCACUUUGAGCUACCAAACUUCACCAAAUGGGUCCAGGUAGCCUCCAGACUGCACCAUGUUCUCAUUACCAACAAAGAAGAAGAAACCGCUGAGCUAUCUGUGAAAGUGCAGAGCCAGCUCAAGGUUUUGGAAGGUUUUCUUGAAGCCGAUACAAAGUUUUCCGAAAGCAGAUGUCAGAAAGCUCUGCCAUUGGCUCACAGUGCCUACCAGUCCAACCUUCCCCAUAAUUACACCACAACUGUGCACAAAAACCAGCUAGCCCAGGCACUGCGAGUCUACAGUCAGCAUGCCCGUGGUGUGGCGUUCCAGCGCUAUGCACUGCAGCUUCAUGAGGACUGCUACAAGUUCUGGAGCAAUGGCCACCAGUUGUGUGAGGAGCGAAGUCUGACUGAUCAGCACUGUGUUCACAAGUUCCAUCUUCUCCCUCAACCAGGGGAGAAGCCAGAUAUGGACCGAAACCCACCCAUUUUGAACCACAACAGUAGGGGGCGCUCCACCAGCUCCUGUAACUGUGGCAGGAAGCAGGCUCCUCGUGAGGAUCCAUUUGACAUUCAGGCAGCCAAUUAUGAUUUUUACCAGUUGCUAGAGGAGAAAUGCUGCGGGAAGCUGGAGAGGAUUGAGUUUCCAGUUUUCCAGCCCAGCACUCCUGACCCAGCCCCAGCCUCCAACCAGGCUCAGAGGAUCUCAUGUGAGGCCUCAGGUGAUGCCGAGAGGCUAAAGGAGCCGAGCACAGCCCAGAGCCAUACACCUGGGGACACCAGCCUCAGUCUGGCUCUAAGUCUGGGUCAGUCUACAGGAAGUUUAGGUACAUACGGUGAAGGAGAUGGGACAGAAACCCAAGUCCAGCAGAAGAGACCAAGCCUUGUUGAUCGUCAGCCCUCCACAGUGGAGUACCUCCCUGGUAUGAUGCAUUCUGGCUGCUCUAAAGGACUCUUACCCAAGUUCUCCAGCUGGUCUCUUGUUAAACUAGGUCCAGCAAAGUCUUAUAACUGUCACACCGGUUUGGAACAGCCAGGAUUUCUACCUGGCUCCUCUUUCCUCUUACCAUGGGAUUUGGUCAUCCGCUCCCGGUCCGAAGAAGACACAGGGUUGACAGAACCUUUAGAUGGAAGCACUUCCUCAUGGCCGGCACCCAACAAGACCCUGGUGGGAAAGCGAGGGAGCACAGGAGGUCUGGGAAGAGGUCGCAGGAGGGACGAUAUGGCUCGUGCAUUCGUGGGUUUUGAGUAUGAAGACAGCAGGGGGAGACGCUUCAUUAGCUCAGGGCCUGAUAAAAUAGUGAAGGUGCUUGGACCAGGGGGCGCCAAAGAUCCUGCCACCAGAGUGCUGAACGCAGACAUGCCGCUCUACAUCCCUUCACCUUCUCAGGGCCGCGGCCUGAAGCCUCACUAUGCUCAGCUCACCAGACUUUUCAUCGUGGUGCCCGAUGCUCCACUAGAGGUCACACUUAACCCACAGGUGCAGCCCGGACCUCUUCCCUGUCCAGUGUUCCAUCCAGAGAAGACUGAAAUUGUGUUACCCCCAGAUAGUUUCUGGGUUCUAAGGUUCCCUUACUCGUACGCCACAGAUCAAGGCCCUAAUUACCCUCCCAAGGAAAACCAACCACUGAACAACUACAAAGUCCUGCGUGGAAUCCUGAGAGCGACUACUGCCAACCCUUUACCACAGUAGAGUUCAGUAGUUCACCUUCCUGGACUCCUGCUAUUAUUAUUCCCACGUUGCUCUUCUAACUGUACGAUAUAGAAUCCCCCUGAUUUCACCUUCUUCAAGCCUCACAGUGGUUGUUAAAUGGAAAUUUCCUGGCCUGUCCUUUUCUUACACUAGACGCUGCUUAGCUGAAGAAGUUUUUUUUUUUUUUUUGUGUUGGCCUGAGUCAGGGAAACAGGACAGGGUUCGAUCAGUGCCCUCAGUUAGUGACAACACUUUAUUAAUUGCUAAAUAAAUCUCCCCAAGGAUGUAAUUUGUGUAGUCAUUGGAGGUGCUGUACAUUUUGUGUUAUUGAUUUCAAAGAUCAAGUGGCCUUUUUGUUUACAGAGUAUAAAUAAGAUUUACCGGCACUUAAUUCUUGGCUGUGUUAAUUUUUGGGAGUCAAUGGUUUGUGAAAACUGGUGCUGAGGAAAUACCGGUAAAUGUGUUAAAAAAUGUUUUGUCAACAAAAUUUGUUGUUGUCAGCUUCUAAAGGGCUAGGUCUGAACAAUUAAUGUUAAUAAAGCAGAGGCUGAGGUGAAAAACUCAAA